UUUUAAACGUCACAAACUUGUUCAAAUUAUUUCCUACCACACAUUACAAUACAAACUCCUUAUACUUUGCAACCACCUUUCAAACACUCUUCAUUCUCUCUCUUUGUUUCACUACCAAAAACAAAAGAGGGAAAAAUAAAACAAAACAAAACUGUUACUCAUAACUGCAAUAACUUCCAUGUAGAAUCAAAAUCAUACAUUCAUAAUUUCAAUAAAAAAUCAUUGGUCACUGCAUCAUCUCUUUCAAGAAGAAAAAUGGAUCACAUUCAAUGGAACGAUGCAAAUCGAAAAGAUUGGAUAAAAAAGGCGAUUAGAGAUUGAAGUUUCCUCAGACAUGUCAUUGAAUGAUUCUCCUAUUUAUUAUGAAAUGAUGCUCUUUUUUGAGUAUGUACUAUGGCUUGUGUGAGUAUGCAUUAGAAGUUUUGAGGCAAGUGUAAUGGAUUUCAAGGAUGACCAUGUAUCGAAAGAGCAUCGCGAGGUUCAUCUAUCUGCAGCAGAAAGUGUUGAUCCAGUAUCUGUUUCUCCUAUACAACUUUCUUCUCCUAAGUCACCACCGAAAUCUCCAGGGUCUUCAAAUGCGCAAGUUAAGGGAAGCAGUUUAAGUCCGAAAAAUAACCGGCAAUCGCAUUCUCCAAAAGACGGAAGUCCAAAGAAAGGUGGUUCUGGUGGGAAAGGCACCUGGGGUGGAUUGCUCGAAACCGAAACCGAUGACAUGAACGUUCUUGACCUGAAGGAUCCAAACUACAGCAGCGCCGAGGAAAUUGAUGAUCCGAACGAAAAGAUAAAGAACACCGCAUUGGAAGAGUACAAGAAAAAAGCUACAAUAAUAGUGGAAGAAUACUUUGCAACCGAUGAUGUUGUUGCAACAAUGAGUGAACUUAGAGAAAUCGGUAAACCGGAAUACAGUUACUAUUUCGUCAAAAAGCUUGUUUCGAUGUCGAUGGACAGACACGACAAAGAAAAAGAAAUGGCUGCCAUUCUCUUAUCUGCACUUUAUGCCGACAUCAUUCAUCCUUCGCAAGUUUACAAAGGAUUCACCAAGUUAGUCGAGUCGGCUGAUGAUUUGAUCGUAGAUAUACCAGACACGGUGGAUAUUCUAGCGCUUUUCAUAGCUAGAGCUGUUGUUGAUGACAUCCUUCCACCGGCAUUUUUGAAGAAGCAGAUAGCAAACUUACCGAAUGAUUCUAAAGGUGCUGAGGUUUUAAAGAAAGCCGAGAAAAGCUAUCUGACAGCACCUUUACACGCCGAAAUCAUCGAGCGGCGUUGGGGAGGUAGCAAGAAUACAACAGUUGAUGAUGUGAAGGCAAGGAUAAACAAUUUCUUGAAAGAGUAUGUAGUAAGUGGCGACAAGAAAGAAGCUUUUCGAUGCAUCAAAGAAUUGAAAGUUCCGUUUUUCCAUCACGAGAUAGUGAAAAGAGCUCUUAUAAUGGCGAUGGAAAAGCGACAAGCGGAAACACCGUUACUAGACCUAUUGAAAGAAGCAGCCGAAGAAGGUUUCAUCAACACAAGCCAAAUGUCAAAAGGGUUCAGCAGGCUGAUUGAAACUGUCGAUGAUUUAUCACUCGACAUACCGAACGCGCGCGGAAUACUUCAACAACUGAUAGCGAAAGCGGCUUCCGAAGGUUGGUUAUCUGUCUCAUCACUAAAAUCACUUACAACCGAGGAUGAAAAGAACACGAUACAAGAAAAUGUUGCAAGAAGUUUCAAGAUGAAAACACAAUCCAUCAUUCAAGAGUACUUCUUAUCGGGUGAUAUAUUCGAAGUGAAUAAUUGUUUAGAACAAGAGAACAACAAAAACUGCGGGGAACUAAACGCAAUCUUUGUUAAAAAACUAAUAACUCUAGCAAUGGACAGAAAGAAUAGAGAGAAGGAAAUGGCUUCCGUGUUACUUUCAUCGCUUUGUUUUCCACCUGAUGAUGUCGUGAGCGGUUUCGUGAUGCUAAUUGAAUCAGCAGACGAUACCGCUUUAGACAAUCCUGUCGUUGUUGAAGAUCUCGCGAUGUUUCUAGCAAGAUCAGUAGUCGAUGAAGUUUUAGCACCACAACAGCUCGAAGACGUUGGAACACAAUGUAUAAGCCAAGAUUCAAUUGGAAGCAAAGUGCUUUUAAUGGCGAAAUCAUUGCUAAAAGCUAGACUCGCUGGCGAGAGAAUCUUGAGGUGUUGGGGUGGAGGUGGAAGUAGCAGACCUGGAUGGGAGAUCGAAGACGUUAAAGACAUGAUCGGGAAAUUGUUGGAGGAAUAUGAAUCGGGCGGCGAUAUAAAAGAGGCUUGUAGAUGCAUGAAAGAGUUAGGUAUGCCAUUUUUUCAUCAUGAGGUUGUUAAGAAAGCUAUGGUGAAAACUAUUGAAAAGAAGAAUGAGAGGUUAUGGGGCUUGCUUAAAGAGUGUUUUGAAUCAGGGUUAAUAACUAUGAAUCAAAUGGUUAAAGGUUUUGGAAGAGUUGAAGAAGCUCUUGAUGAUUUGGCUUUGGAUGUUCCUGAUGCUAAAAAUCAGUUUGGAUUUUAUGUUGAAAAAGCUAAGAAUGAAGGGUGGUUGGAUAGUUCAUUUUGCUACAACAAUGCAAUAGAGAAUGGCACAAGUUAAGUUAAGUUUUUUUAUUACCAUGAUACAUAUACGAACGAAGUAUCUACGAUCAUGAGUGAUUAGUCUUUGUUAGAAAAUUUGAUGGAAAUAUAAGAUGGAUUCUCCUUUUCUUUAAGAUACACGAAAGUAAGAAACCGAAUCUCUCAUCAUUUGUUUAAGAUGUCUGAGUCUUUUACUACCACCCAGACCAACCAUGUGUGGCUACAUAGGAUAAAGUUAUAUUAUAUUUUGUUUUAUCUUUGUUUCUAAAUUUACACUCACAUUAGAUGCAAGCAUAAAUGCAUGCUUUAUUGAUUCAUAACUACUUAACUAGCUUUGUAACAAACUUAAAUUUAUUUACACAAUAUUUUUGUCUCA